CUUCCACCAUUCACACGUACCGCCGGCGGAGAAGGAAGGAAUUGGUCGCCGCCGCCUGCCUCUCUCCUCCUCCUCCUCCGUCAGUGGCUGUGGCCACGCCGUGCUAAGCUAAGCUAAGCUAAGCUAAGCUUGCGCAAGUGACAAGUUCUUUGGUUGGUUGGAGGCAGAGCCAGAUGGCAUCGUCGUCGCGGCUGGAUCUCCCGCCGGGGUUCCGCUUCCACCCCACCGACGAGGAGGUGGUGUCGCACUACCUGACCCACAAGGCGCUGGACAGCCGCUUCUCCUGCGUCGUCAUCGCCGACGCCGACCUCAACAAGAUCGAGCCGUGGGAUCUCCCAAGCAAGGCUAAGAUGGGCGAGAAGGAGUGGUUCUUCUUCUGCCACAAGGACCGCAAGUACCCGACGGGGAUGCGCACCAACCGCGCCACCGCCAGCGGGUACUGGAAGGCCACGGGGAAGGACAAGGAGAUCUUCCGCGGCAGUAGCAGUAGUCCCCGCCGCGUGCUCGUCGGCAUGAAGAAGACGCUCGUCUUCUACACGGGCCGCGCGCCGCGCGGAGGCAAGACGCCGUGGGUCAUGCACGAGUACCGCCUCGAGGGCAGCCUGCCGCACAACCUCCACCGCGGGGCCAAGGACGAAUGGGCUGUGUGUAAGGUGAUCAACAAAGACUUGGCGGGCAAGGCUGGGCAACAACAAAUGGCGCCGCCGCCGCACGCCGUGUCCGUGGGCAUGGAGCGCAGCGACUCGCUGGCCUUCCUCGACGACCUGGUGCUCGACAACGCCGACGACCUGCCCCCGCUCGUCGACUCGACAACGUACGCCGCCGGCUCCCUCUUCGCCGCGGCGGGGACGACCACGACGACGAACGACGACAGCGGCGGGUACCAACAAGCCACCAAGGCGGAGCCGCAGCCGCAGCUGCCCGCGCCGAGCAACAGCCCGUACCAGCACCAGCAGCAGGCCAUACGGAGGCACUGCAAGGCGGAGGCGCCGGCGCCGGCGAUGGUGCUGAGCCCGUCGCGCGAGACGCCGGGCGCGGACAUGUUCCAGCUCCAGCAUGUGGACGAGCUGCUCCAGCUGGACGGCGGCUUCAUGGAGGACUACUACAACAUGAACAUGUGGAAGGUCUAGUUAGGCUGGGAUCGACCGGCCGGCCGGACACUAGUACUAUACGUAAUUAGUUCCAUUUAGUCCCUAUUUAAUUUGGGUCCAUCGGUUUGCCGGGCGGAUGGAUUGAUUAGUUGGUUGAUUGGAUAUAUUAACCUGUUAUUAGACGCAGAAGAGUGGAAGGAAAGGCCGGCCGCGCCGAUUGGCAUGGACGAGGUCUGUCUGACGAAGAUGUGUCGAGACCUCGCCGGCGGUGUGGUUUGUGAUGAUUGGUUAGUUGGCUAAUCUUCAGUAGCUAGCUACGUACUGAGUAAUUAGAACAGCUAGCAGUAGUGUGUAACCGCGCGCGUGUCGUUGCCUCUGGUCGACAGGAUUGAAGCACGCAUUGUGUACAUAAUAAUAGGUAGGAGUCGUCGUCGUCGUCGUUGAGUGAUGAGAAAAAUGGAUGAAACAUACUAUAUAUGCUGUUGAUUAAUUGGUUGGU